AGACUCUUUCGAGAGUGAAUCACGCUGCGAGCUCUCUCAAUUUGAUCUCUAAAAGAUGGGCGUUCUUUCGCUUCUUUUGCGCCCCAGUGAAUUCACGGCACUGAUCAAACUGAAGAGGAAAAUCUCAAAAUGGAAGAAGCGCGCAUCGCAGCAGAAGAGAGAUGCAGACUGGUUGUUCUGCUACGAUAUGCUGGACAAGGUCUCAAGAUCGUUUGCGAUUGUGAUCCAGCAGCUUGGGGACGAGUUGAGAAAUGCUGUAUGCAUUUUCUAUUUGGUGCUGCGUGGUCUCGAUACUAUAGAGGAUGACAUGGCAAUUGACAAAGAAACAAAGACCAAAUUACUCUCGACUUUUUAUCAGAAGCUGACUGAUGAGAAGUACUGCCUUAGCUGUGGUUACAAGGACGAGAAGAUCUUGGUCGAGAACUUUUUCCAUGUCACUCGCGGAUACAACACCUUGAAACCUCAGUAUCAAGAAAUAAUCUGUGACAUCACAAAGAAAAUGGCUGAGGGCAUGGAGAAGUUCACCAAGAUGAAGGUGGUCACCACCAAGGAUUACGAUCUGUACUGUCACUAUGUUGCUGGUUUGGUCGGAAUUGGGCUCAGCGGAUUGUUUGCAGCUUCUGGGUUGGAAGAUCCGAUGGUGGGUGAGAACUUGGAGACGGCUAAUCAUAUGGGUCUGUUCCUGCAGAAAACCAACAUCAUUCGUGAUUUCCUCGAGGACCAUGAGGACGUGAACCCUGAAACGGGAGACAGGAGGGUUUUCUGGCCCAAGGAUAUAUGGGGCAAGUACACGGACGACCUUGCCAACUUCACGUUUGGAAAGAAUGAGACGCUUGCAGUGGCCUGCUUGAAUGACAUGGUCACCAAUGCUCUCCAACAUCUUCCUUACUGUGUCGAAUACCUUUCAACCAUUUCAGACGAAAGCAACUUCUUGUUUUGCGCUAUCCCUCAAGUGAUGGCAGCACAUACACUUAGCCUGUGCUAUGCAAAUCCAGAUGUCUUCAAGGGAGAGAUCCGAAAAGAGCUUGGCGAAUGUAGGAACACGAAGCCGGUUAAACUUCGCAAGGGGCUCAGCGCCAAGUUGAUGUUGGAUACGGUGGACAUGGCAUCAGUAUUGGAUAUCUUCGAAGAUACAAUCGAAUCUAUCGCGGAUCGAAUCGCUCCAACUGACCCCUCAGCCAAGUCAACCAUGGCCAUGGUUCAGAUGUGCAGAGAUGUUAUUGCUCGCGGCAGAGGGUCCCUUCCUUCAACACUGAAGAUCUGUGAAGGUUGGAAGGCAGAAGUGGUGCGUUCGGUCAGAUCCAUUGCAGAUACUGUUGUCAUCCCCUUGAUAGCAAUUUUGUUGAUAAUCACUGGGAUCUUCGACGUUCCGCAAGUGAUGAACUUGGAGUUGACAGCGUCGGCGAAUCAACCGAACUCUGCCUUUUACUUAGCCAUGACAGCUUGGAAUCUAUCUUUUUACAGUUUUGCUCUAUUCGCAAUGGUAUGGGGAGCUCAUCAACGGAAUGUGAAGCCAUUCGCUCUGUUUCACGUGAUGAUGACAGUGGUUGAGGUUCUGGUGCUUUGGUUGGCUGCAGCCUUGGGUGCCCGGCAACUUCUAUCAGAGACUCUGCCAAAGCUGCUUGCGGCCUCUUGCCUGAUGUCAAGCAUUUCGAAGCAGACGUCAAUGCUUCAUUUGACACCGUCGCAUGCCCUAAAAACAAGUCACGUGAUCAAGGCGGUGCUUUAACUUAAUUCCUCUGACGCUGACAUCCUGUGGUAUUGUUCUACUCUAUUUAAUUUCCUUUCUCUAUUCCUCGUUGCUUGAUGCAUUAAAACUGAUUGACAUAA